AUGUUGCAGACCAGUCAGUACAGCCGCCUGGACUUCAUGCUCUUUGUCCUGUGCAGCUUGAAGGCUACAGCUGCCUUUCCCAACUCCUCUCCACUGCUGAAUCCCAGCUGGGGAACCACAGAUCGUCUGAUGCACCUGUACACGUCUACGGAGAAGAACAGCUUUCAUCUGCAAAUCAACCCUGAUGGUUAUGUGGAUGGGACCCCUCACCAAACCAUUUACAGUGCUCUCAUGAUCAAAGCUGAAAAUGCAGGCUAUGUGGUGAUAACCGGUGUCAAGAGCGGGUGCUACCUCUGCAUGGACAUCCAAGGAAAUAUCUUUGGAUCACAUUACUUCAAUCAAGAGGACUGUGUGUUUAAACAAAGGACACUGGAAAAUGGAUAUGACGUGUACCAGUCUCCCAAGUACCACUUUUUGGUCAGCCUGGGCAGAGCUAAGCAAGUUUUUUUCCCUGGUAUGAACCCACCACCUUAUUCCCAGUUUUUGUCCAGGAGAAAUGAGAUCCCUCUAAUCCGGUUCAACACGCCUGAACCCCACAGGCACACUAGAAAUGCAGAUAUUGAUCCUAUGGACCCCCACCAGAUGUUGAUCCCCCAGAGAAAGAUCUCUGCAGUGCAGGCCCUGCCACAAUGGUUUCAAAGUAACUUCGCCCACCUGCCCAGAGAGCCCAUGAGAUUCAAUCCAAAUGAUGUGGUCAACCCAGAUGACCCUCAUUCCAUGAUGGAUGCAAGGAGGCACGCCAGCCCUCGUUUCUACAUUACAAGAUAG